GGGAAACCUCCCCCCUUUUGUUAUUUUCACUAACAUGGAGGGAGGGGGGUUAAAAGGUGCUUUCAAGUCCUAGAAAUGUGAGGAUUUGGCCAUUUGCAGGCUCUACCUGGAAUUCAAGGCAAAACAGACCAAUUUAUCAAAAAACUGUGGACAAGGCAAAGAGGGAAGGCCAGAGGAGGUGAUGGCAUCAUAGAGAAGAGGGUUGAAAGGGAAAAUAAAACUGAUGUUCCAUCUUGCAGCCAGAUGCCUCCCCUGCUGUAGGGAGUAUAGUGUCAGCUGGUUCUGGUGAAGGGAUGAUUCAUCCGGAUCCAGUUGCUAGAUAGGACCUAAAAUUCAGUUCACUUGUAAAGGUAGUUUUGCUGCUUGUUGAUUAUUAAAUGUUUUAUGCUCACCGAAACUGAAAGUCACUGAAAUUUUCUCUGUUACACUUUCUCCUAGUUAUUCAGUUUGGCAAUACUCAUGCUCCUUUUUCCACACUCAUGUUGAGUUUCAGGCUAAGGUAUUCAGAAACUGGAUUUUACAGGUGAAUCUAAGCAUUGCUACAGAGCGCUUGUAUGGACAUUUGGGGAAGCAACAGCCAUGCAUGUUCUUUACCUCAGCCAAAGAGAGGGAUUCUAAGUAAAAGUACUUGCAUUGAUGGCAACAUCAUGUUAAGCUAAUGAAGUGAAGUGACCCCUUCUUUCCACUGUGUGUAUGAUGUGCUUUUUCAAGAAGACUUGAGAUUGCUGAACUCUGUCUUUGGCAAAGCUGUAGAAAUCAACCAGAGAUCUGACUGACCACGCUGAAGUAGCUAAGAAUGACCACCUUGACUCCUUUAUUUUAUGCUUCAGUUAAAUAAGAUGAGUUAAUACAGAAUUUGAGUAAAAUCAGAAAAGAAGAAAGAUCCAGUCAUUUUCAUGGGGAUGGCUCCUGCUUGCCAGAGCUGCACAAAGAUAAUCGCUCAGGAAGUGUUUCAGCCAAUCCCCUGAAGCUUUACAUUCGGAUUUACCAAAGUAGCCAAUCCAGGAUUAGCUUUUAUUAGGAAGACAGAUCAUCAAGCUGAAGUGCCAAGCCCUUUCUGUCUGAGUACUGAGAGCCUGUCCUCCAUGUUUUAUAAGUAUUGACAUAACACUGUGUUAACAAUGCAUCCACAGAGCUUGGCUGAAGAGGAAAUAAAGGCAGAGCAGGAGGUGGUGGAGGGGAUGGAUAUCUCUACUCGAUCCAAAGAUCCUGGCUCUGCUGAACGCACAGCACAAAAAAGGAAGUUUCCCAGCCCUCCACAUUCCUCCAAUGGCCACUCCCCACAAGAUGCAUCAACAAGUCCUAUAAAAAAGAAAAAGAAGCCUGGUCUAUUGAACAGUAAUAACAAAGAGCAGUCAGAACUAAGACAUGGUCCGUUUUACUAUAUGAAGCAGCCACUCACCACAGACCCUGUUGAUGUUGUACCACAGGAUGGACGGAAUGAUUUCUAUUGCUGGGUUUGUCAUCGGGAAGGCCAAGUCCUCUGCUGUGAACUCUGUCCUCGGGUUUAUCAUGCUAAGUGUCUGAAACUGACAGCGGAACCAGAGGGGGAUUGGUUUUGCCCAGAAUGUGAGAAAAUCACUGUAGCAGAAUGCAUAGAAACACAGAGUAAAGCUAUGACAAUGCUCACCAUUGAACAGCUAUCAUAUUUACUGAAGUUUGCACUACAGAAAAUGAAACAGCCAGGGACAGAGCCAUUUCAAAAGCCAGUUUCACUGGAUCAGCACCCAGAUUAUGCAGAAUAUAUCUUUCAUCCAAUGGACCUUUGUACAUUAGAAAAGAAUGUUAAAAAGAAAAUGUACGGUUGCACUGAAGCAUUUUUGGCUGAUGCCAAAUGGAUUUUGCACAACUGCAUUAUUUACAAUGGGGGAAAUCACAAAUUAACACAAACGGCAAAAGUCAUCAUCAAAAUCUGUGAGCAUGAGAUGAAUGAAAUUGAAGUAUGUCCGGAAUGUUAUUUAGCUGCUUGCCAAAAACGAGAGAAUUGGUUUUGUGAGCCUUGUAGCAAUCCUCACCCUUUGGUCUGGGCUAAACUCAAAGGCUUUCCAUUCUGGCCUGCUAAAGCACUGAGGGAUAAAGAUGGGCAAGUUGAUGCCCGUUUCUUUGGCCAACAUGACAGGGCCUGGGUUCCAAUAAAUAAUUGCUACCUCAUGUCUAAAGAAAUUCCUUUUUCUGUGAAAAAGACUAAAAGCAUCUUCAACAGUGCAAUGCAAGAGAUGGAGGUUUAUGUUGAUAACAUUCGUAGAAAGUUUGGGGUAUUUAACUACGCACCUUUCCGGACACCGUAUACUCCCAACAAUCAAUACCAAAUGUUAUUAGACCCUGCAAACCCAACUGCUGGAACUGCAAAAACAGACAAACAAGAGAAGAUCAAGCUGAACUUUGAUAUGACAGCAUCACCCAAGAUUCUAAUGAGCAAGCCGAUGCUGAGCAGUAGUACAGGUCGUAGGAUUUCAUUGACAGAUAUGCCACGGUCACCAAUGAGUACAAACUCAUCAGUCCACACUGGAUCUGAUGUUGAACAGGAUGCGGAGAAAAAAGCAACUUCCAGUCAUUUUAGCGCAAGUGAAGAAUCCAUGGACUUUAUUGACAAAAAUACAGCUUCUCCAGCACCAACAAGAACGGGUCAAGCAGGGAGCUUGUCAGGCAGCCCCAAACCUUUCUCUCCUCAAGCUUCAACACCAAUUUCUGCUAAGCAAGAAAGAACUUCCACUCCAGGAAGCAUUCUGAAUCUUAAUCUUGAUCGUAGCAAAGCUGAAAUGGAUCUGAAAGAGUUGAGUGAGUCAGUCCAACAACAGUCCACCCCUGUGCCACUCAUUUCACCAAAACGACAGAUACGUAGUAGGUUCCAGCUUAAUCUUGACAAGACAAUAGAGAGUUGUAAAGCACAACUCGGAAUAAAUGAAAUAUCUGAAGCUGUUUAUACUGCAGUAGAACACAGUGACUCUGAAGAUUCUGAAAAAUCUGACACCAGUGACAGUGAAUAUAGCGAUGAGGAUCAGAAAUCAAAGAAUGAUCAGGAAGAUGGAGAAGACAAGGAAAGUGCAAGAAGUGACAAAGAAUCAUUGACAUUGAAAAAAAAACCUAAGCCCCCAUCUCAGAAUGAAGACAAGGAGGAACUUAAAUGCACAAGUCCAGAAGUGGAGAAAACAGAUGAUCCAGUUAAAGAAAAGGCAAUUACAGACACUGAAAAAGAAUUUUCUGAAAAGGGAAAAUGUUUGCAACAUCCUGCAAAAGAAAAACUGAAAGGUAAAGAUGAAACAGACUCUCCAACUGUGCAUCUAGGGCUGGACUCUGACUCUGAGAGUGAACUUGUCAUCGAUCUAGGAGAUGAUCAUUGUGGGCGUGAAGGACGGAAAACCAAGAAAGAACCUAAAGAACCACCUUCUAAACAAGAUGUUGUAGGUAAAACUCCACCUUCUUCCAGUGCAAGCUCUCAGCCUCCACCAGAAACUCCAGUACUUACUCGCUCCGCAGCCCAGACUCCGCCCGCUGGCGUAACAGCAACUACUAGUGCUACUUCUACUGUCAGUGCUCCAUCUGCAGCCACUGGAAGCCCUGUGAAAAAGCAGAGGCCUCUACUACCUAAGGAAACUGCGCCUGCUGUGCAGCGAGUAGUGUGGAAUUCCUCAAAUAAAUUUCAGACAUCUUCUCAGAAAUGGCACAUGCAGAAGGUGCAGAGACAGCAGCAACAGCAGCAGAGCCAGCAGUCUCAGUCACAGCAACCUCAGUCCUCUCAAGGGACAAGAUAUCAGACAAGACAAGCAGUUAAAGCUGUGCAACAAAAAGAGAUCACCCAGAGCACUUCCACAUCAACCAUAACCUUGGUUACAAGUACUCAACCUAUUUCUAUGGUUACCAGUUCUGGAUCUGCAAGUACACUUUCUUCUUCAGUUAAUACAGACUUGCCAAUAGCAACAGCUUCAGCUGAUGUGGCUGCAGAUAUUGCUAAAUAUACUAGCAAAAUGAUGGAUGCCAUCAAAGGAACAAUGACUGAAAUAUAUAAUGAUCUUUCCAAAAAUACCACUGGAAGUACAAUAGCUGAGAUUCGUCGUUUGAGGAUUGAAAUAGAAAAACUUCAAUGGUUACAUCAACAGGAACUCUCAGAAAUGAAGCAUAAUCUAGAACUGACAAUGGCUGAAAUGCGUCAGAGUCUAGAACAAGAACGAGAUCGUUUGAUUGCUGAGGUGAAAAAGCAGCUGGAAUUGGAAAAGCAGCAAGCAGUGGAUGAAACUAAAAAGAAGCAGUGGUGUGCCAACUGCAAGAAAGAGGCCAUUUUUUAUUGCUGUUGGAAUACCAGCUACUGUGAUUAUCCCUGCCAACAAGCUCACUGGCCUGAGCAUAUGAAAUCCUGCACACAGUCAGCUACUGCAACACAGCAAGAAACAGAUACUGAAAUUAGCACAGAAACAUUAAAUAAAUCAUCCCAGCCCAGUUCAAGUGUGCAGCCUACACCGACAGAAACAGCCAGCACCCCCAAGGAAAAGGAAGGUUCAGCCGAUAAAAGCAAAGAGAGUGUUACAAUAGCAACAGGUGUGACAAGCAACCAGCCUAUAAAACUGGUCCAGGUACCGCAGACCACCACCUAUAUUCCAACUACUCAACCCACAAUUGUAAGUACAACAUCAUCAUUUAAAGUCUGCAGUAGCACUGUUCCUGGCAUUAAAAUUGCUCAGUAUUUCUGGGGGGUUGUCUCCGUCUGCUGUUCUAUCAAGAUAUGAAUUCACUGGUAUAGUCUCAACUUGCAGUGCAAAAUGUCUUAUUUUGCUGUGCAACAUUCCAACCUUGGCAUAUCUUUCAUUUCAUCAUUGAUUAUAACAAAGAUUCAGAUGUUGUCAUUAAGUAUAGCUGAGGCACUGAGGACAGUCAGACUUCCAUUUUACAUUAUUAUGUUAGUUAUUUGUCCGCUUCAUGUACUUACUUGACCACAACAUCAAUGUAAAUAUAUAGAAUUCAUUUUAAAUAUCUUUUAAGUAUCUUUUUGUCUGUGGUAUCCUAAAAAGAUUUAACUAAUCCUGGGCUAUGCUUGAUAUUCCUGUGACAUCUCAGUAACUAUGAGGGAAAGUACACAUUCAUCAGUAGUGCAUCUCCUAGGCAGUCUUGUACAUUAGCAUUAAGAAAUUAUGAGAAAUAGCAUUGGAAUCAGUCCUGGUUUUCUUCCAUUGAAAAUCAACCAAGGACACAUAAAUUCCCUAAUGUCAGUCACCAGAGAUGGGACAGAAGUGAGCUCAUUUUUGUAUUUUAAUGCGCCAUAAUAUCACAUUCUUUUAACUGGUCAUGUUCUGCAGCGCUCAGUUCAGAGGCAGCAUGGGAUCUGAGCUGACAUUCUUCUUUCCAAAAAGAAAAAUGCUCAUAUUGCACUUGUAACUGAAUUGCAUGUCCUGUCUCAAUGGUGGGUUCAACAGGAGAAGCCCAUGUUUAGGUAACUUCAGUUCAUUUUCUGACUGAAGUUAAAUAAUUUAUGUUAAUUUUCAUACUGUGAUUGUGAAGCCUAAUUUGCUAUAAAAGUUACUAUUUAUAUAUAUAUAUAUGUACACAUACAUAUGUGGCAGCUGCAACAUACAUAUGUGGAUGUGUAUAUAUGUCUGUGUACAUACACUCACACGUACAUACAGUAUUUCAUAACCAUCAUACUCCAUACAAAAAUGUUACUGCUUUUAGUGGGUAUCAUGAUUUUUUUCACAUUCCUAACAGCAUUUUAACUCAUUUUAUCUCAACUGAGAGCACUGUGCAUCUUCACAAGAUUGGCCCUAAGUUACUUGGACUGAGUUGCUAUAACAAUGAGGUUUUAUAUGUGUUUUCAAAUCAAUAGCAAGCAUCAAACAAGUUAGGUUCUUUGUGAAUAGCUGAGAGGUUUUAUGAUCCUAAGGUGGUUUCAUGUAAUAUUCAGAAAAAUGGCCAUUAUCUUCAUCAGUUUUCUAUAAUACGAAGCAUAUUGAGUCAUGUAAAACAUAAUUGGAAAGUUUGAAAGGUUUCAGCCUUUAUUUGUGCAUGUUUAAAACUUUGUACACAUAUUUGCCUAAGUCUUGCACAGCUACAGACACCUCUGUAUGCUAAUGAUUGCACGUGCAAUUUAAAUAAUUUUAAACCUUAGUGCAUGUUAAUAUGUAUGCAGAAUGUACAUUUGUGAAAAACUGGCAGAGGUGGAAAAAUUACCUCUCAGGGAAUGAUCCUAACACAUUUAAGGAGUCUUGCACAUUCCAUAUCCUGAUCACUAUAAGAACUGAAACUUAUUUUUUCAUUUGUCUAAGUGUGUAUAUUUAAAAGAUCACUGUGGCAACCUUAAGUUCCCCACCUGUAGUACUAAUAAUGACUUAUACGAUGGCUUCUUUAGGCUUCAACUUGCACUUUGUUUCCCACUAGGAAUUUCUUCCUCUGAACAGCUUCCAGUAAAUCUUCUUUGUACCAUUUCCAUUGAACUCUCUUUACACAUCUGAAAUCCUUACAUUACCAAAUAGCAGUAAUCUUGAAUUUAUCUAGCAAAUUGAUUCCAUGUUUGGCUUUUAUUCUUUUUGCAGUUAAAAUAUUGUGAAAAUAUGAAUUCAUCAUCUUUGCAUUCCAGAGAAUGGAAUGGUAGGCUUCUGGAAGACAUAGACUGUGUCGCAGAGGCACUGAUAAACACUCUAGGCUGUAAUCUCCAUAGGGAUAUUCACAACCUUUGUUGAAUGCUAUCAAGACACUAAUGUAGUUCCUUAAAACAGUGUGGGGAAACAUUGGGCUUCAGUGAACUUGUAUUUCUUCUUCCAUAUUCUCUUUGGAAUUUUACGCUAACAUCAUGGGAAAGGCCUGUGCAUCCCUUUCAGAUUCCUCAAAGUCUCACUUCCUGUUUCUCCCACAUUAAAACGUUGUGAACUGAAAUGGAUGCAUUUGUUUGAUCACCAGUUGUGCAUCAGUGGAACUGUAUCAAAACGUGCUUGCAGUUUGUAUGGUAUAGAAUUGCUAAACUUCCUCAUGUUUCUGGAGGAAGGUUAAGAUUCAAACUCAAGAUUCAAUAAAUCCUUUUCCAGAUCUUCCAGAGUGAUGUGACCUUGACCAGAUUGUUUAACAUUCUUGUGCCUUUGUCUCUCCAUCUGUAGACUCAAUUACUCUAGAGUGAAUCAAUUACUACAGAGAUAUCCUGAAACUUCCAUUGUUAAGAUUUCUAAAUCAUGAUCUGUAUGAUGAAAGUGCAAAGUUUACUCUAUAUUAGUAUUUUUGCAGGGAGUACAAGACAGUUUCCAGUAAUGCUGAUGGUUUUGUUAUUGAUUUGUGCAAAAGUUAAAGUACUUUUUUGUUCAAACAAAUGUUUUAUGUUCUCUUCUGUGUCAACUGAAUGCAUGGAGGAGUUCCUUUUGGGGAAAAGGAUUUAAGUAAUGUGUAAUGAGAAUAUACUUUUAAAUAAGGGUAUUUUUGUACUCCAGUUUGAUUCAUCAAAACUCUUUUUCAAAUGACAAAGGAUUUUCUUAGCCCUUUUCGCUUUUCUUGUGUAUUAGUUUGGGGAGAAUACAUAACUGGAUUUAAUAACCCAUGGAAACCUACUUCUCCAAGCUAGGCAGAGUAUGUACAGUACCUAUAGGACCACCUUCCUCUGUAAUUAUAGGAAAGUGAGUAAGACACUACUUUUUGUCUCAGAAUGAGGUAAUACUGCGGUAAUAAAGGUAUUAAUUCUUGCACAAAAUUAGAACUUGCUCUGGAUUUUCCCUGGAAAAUAAAUCUCUAUUUCUGUGGUCAUGUUUAUGUGACCUUUAACAUAACAAUAUGUUUCUCUUGGUUUUAAUCCACAGACCAUUCCUGUAGUGGUAAGUCCUUCUGCUGGGACAGUGGCAAUGAGAACUGGAGUUCAGUAUGUUCAGACCACAAUGCCAGUCCAAGUACGAAGAGUCUAACUGCUAACAAGAAGUCCAUACAAUUGUUGGAAUAAAUAAAUCUGUCUAAUAGAAAUGUGAAAAAUAAACACAGUUCUUUGGAUUAACCUCAAAGGUUCAGACUUUAGCUUUGUAUAUGUGUACAAAGCAUUUACUACACUACAUUAAUGUAAAGCAUUAGCGCUGGCUUAAAAAAGCAGACAACAGGUAAGAUCCAUGUUAAAUCUAUGCUUCUUUUGUAAAUAAUGUACAAUUUGUGGAUGUCAUUAAAGUUAGAAUACCAUCUCCUUUUUAUAUUUGUAUUGACUUUAACUUAUAAAGAGUGUUUGAAGUUGGUAAAGGAAGGUUUAAACAGCCUUAUCACAAGCUAACACUGAAAACUGGUCUUGGGAAAUUGCAGUUGCACAUCAGAUCACUUAAUGUUUGGUAAUCAGGAGAAUCUGAACAACUUAAUUUGCGUUUGGAUUGAGAACAAUUUCUGCACUUUGAAACUCUAUUAGAAUUUCUUUUUGUGCAACCAAAUGAUGAAGUGUAUCCGUUCAGUUAAUUGUCUUAGGCAAAUUAUGACAUUUCCAAUCUGUGGACCUCCAGUACAUAAAGAGGGUACUUACCUUGUUUUUUACAGUGACCAGACUGUUAAAAUUUAUAUUGUUUACAGGAAACAAAUUAAAAUUUCAUUCAGCCUAAUAUCAGGAAGUUGGAAAGAGUAACACCAGCUGGUUGGUAGCGUGAUUUCUGAUCAGUGAUAUCAAAGACAAGAAAAGUAGAGCUUUUUCCUAUGCUUCACAGUUCAGUUUUCUUUUUUUAAAAAUCCUAUAAAAAGGACUUUGAAGUGUUUUUCAAAUGGAACAAGAACUAGGUGUGGAGAAAAAUAUAGAUCAUGAAACAUGGGCAAAGGACUUUUGAUGCUGGGUCAGAGCAUGUAUUAUUUAUAUGAUGGAAUUUAUGUUUUUAUGUAAGCAUGAAACAGUACAGUAUGAGAGAAAGUAACCCAUGAAAAUGCUGUCUGUUACACUUAUACUGUAGUACCAUUUUGUAUGUUGUGUAAAACGAAAGCAUUGAACAAAGCAAAGGUGAUGUAUGUAUAUGAGAAAAUUAAUUGUAUGAUAUCAUUCCAGUACAUUUUGUUGUACAUUUUAGUCAUGUUGAUUUCUCCCAUUGUUUAUAAAAGAAUGCGGUUUGUACAGUCUCCAGCUAGUACCCAUAUUAGAGGGAAAAAAGUAUUAGAAGAAAAAAGCGAGAACAGAAUAUUCGUGAAUUGCAGUUGUGUCAAAAAUAGCCUAGCUGGCCUUAUUUGUGAAGCAUAAUUGCUUUUAGCAUAUGGAAGUAUUUUUUCACAUUUUCUUUGUAUAAAAUUUGUAUUAAACUUAAAUAUCUUUUUCGA